AUGACAAAUUUCCACAACGAAAUCACUACGUUAUCUUCAUCCACAGUAAACAUGGCAAGACAAUUUUAUACAAAAUCAGGUCAAUUGCUCAAGAUUGGCACGGGUUCGGGCACCAAAUGGCAAUGGCUCAAGAAGGGACGUCCAGACGAGGAAAAAGCCCAGCUUCAUAACGAAUUGGUUGACAAUCUCUUGCGUACGAUAAACUGUGGAUACCGUCACUUGGAUACUGCUGAAGUUUAUACCACUCAACCAGAGGUAGCUGCUGCUGUUAAGAAGUCGGGAAUUCCUCGGGAGGAAUUUUGGAUAACUACAAAGUAUUUUCCUGGUGUUUCUCAUCAGGCAGCCCUUACAAAGGGACCAAUUGAAUUCGUCAACAAAGCUUUGAAGGAACUUGAAACCGACUACCUUGAUCUUCUUUUGAUCCACCAUCCCUUCGUGACUCCUGGCUUGAAGGACUACUUGUCUCUUGGAGAUUUGUGGAAAGAGGUAAUUGAGCUCAAGAAACAAGGUUUGGUUCGCGAGAUUGGUGUAUCCAACUUUGCCGUUCCUCACUUGAAAGAAGUGUUUGAAUCUGCUGGAUCCGAAGAAUUCUAUCCUGUCGUGAACCAGAUUGAAUUCCAUCCAUUUUUGCAGAAUCAAUCCAAAGGUAUUGUGGACUUUUGUAAGGAGCACAAUAUCUUGAUUGAAGCUUACGGCCCAUUAUCGCCCUUGUUCAGAGCUGACGAAGAAAACGAGAACGUAGCUACGUUCAAAAAAUUUUUAAGUGAGCUCAGUUCAAAGUAUGACAAAACCGAAGCCCAGAUUCUUCUCCGCUACACCAUCCAGAAGGGACUACUUCCUAUCACUACUUCCUCCAAUGAGGAAAGAAUCAAGCAGAGUCUUGAGGUAUACGGGUUUGAGUUGGACGACUCAGACGUUAACCAAAUUGACGAACUUGGGUCGAAGUUUAAGUUCAGAAAGUUCUUCAAUGAUCAGUACGCCGCGGGCUUUGACUGA